GUCAACCCUGGUGCUACUGAGAUAUCCUGAAUUAUCCAAAGAACAAUUUUGAUUGAAAGCGAGGAAAAUUGUGCGAUCUUUUGUGUAAUUAGUAAGCCGAUUUAAACACAAUAUGCCUGUGCUGCCUAUGCCGCCACUGAUGCAGAACGCCGUGGAGCCGAUGCAAGUGGAUGCGCCGCCAAACGAGGACAAUGAGAACAAUGAAGAGCAACAGAUUAUAGUGGAGAAUCCUAGCAUUGAUCUGGAAGUAUAUGCGAAUCAAUAUACUGGAAUUGCACGACUAUAUCGACUAAUCUAUGUCGCCGAUGUGUGUCCAUCACUUGCCGUAGAAGCGCUCAAAAUGUCCAUUACCUAUGUGAUGACCACUUAUAAUGUGAAUUUAUACCAGGUCCUGAGCAAGCGUCUGAGUGAUUUUCAAUCUGGAAAUAAUCCAGCCAAUCCAAAUGCCGCCGGUGGCGCAGAUCCAGCUGCUCCAUUGGCAAAUCCAGCACAGGCAUUGCCCGACAUAGCAGCUCAUCAGCCGGCGGCAGCUAUUGCUGGAGGGGCCAAUGCUGCGCCCAAUGCUGAAAAGGAUGCCUUUGCUUUCGACGCCGUUUGGGUGGACACCAAACUGAAAAAGGCGGCUCUGAAGCUAGAGAAACUCGACUCUGAUUUGAAGAACUACAAAUCGAACUCUAUUAAGGAGAGUAUACGACGUGGACACGAUGAUCUGGCCGAUCAUUACUUAAGCUGCGGCGAUCUAACCAAUGCAUUGAAAUGUUAUUCCCGUGCCAGGGAUUACUGUACGAGUCCCAAGCAUGUGGUUAAUAUGUGUCUAAAUGUUAUUAAGGUGUCGAUCUAUCUACAAAACUGGGCCCAUGUCUUGUCCUACAUAUCAAAGGCGGAGAGUACACCAGACUUCGCCGAGGGAUCCAAGGAGGCCAAUGCCCAAGUCCAUACACGGCUUGAAUGUGCGGCCGGUUUGGCCGAAUUACAACAAAAGAAAUAUAAAGUGGCAGCCAAGCAUUUCCUCAAUGCAAAUUUCGAUCAUUGUGAAUUUCCCGAAAUGAUUUCCGCCAGCAAUGUAGCCAUCUAUGGCGGUCUCUGCGCCCUGGCCACCUUUGAUCGUCAGGAGUUGAAGCGUCUGGUCAUUGCAUCCACAUCAUUUAAAUUAUUUCUAGAACUAGAACCGCAACUGCGGGAUAUUAUAUUCAAAUUCUAUGAGAGCAAAUAUGCCUCUUGUCUGACUCUACUGGACGAGAUUCGGGACAAUCUGCUAGUGGAUAUGUACAUAGCCCCGCAUGUCUCCACACUGUAUACAAAGAUCCGUAAUCGUGCGCUCAUUCAAUACUUUAGUCCCUAUAUGUCAGCGGAUAUGCACAAAAUGGCCCUCGCCUUCAACUCGUCGGUCGGAGAUUUGGAGAACGAAGUGAUGCAAUUGAUAUUGGAUGGCCAGAUACAGGCGCGCAUCGAUUCGCACAACAAAAUUCUAUAUGCCAAAGAGGCGGACCAAAGGAAUAGCACAUUCGAGCGUGCCCUGUUAAUGGGUAAACAAUAUCAGCGUCAUACUCGCAUGUUAAUCCUAAGGGCGGCCAUGCUCAAGAGUCAAAUCCAUGUGAAGAGUGUGUCCAGAGAGGGAGGCAACCAGCAUGGCACCGAACUGUGCGUUUCAGCGGGAUCGACCACAACAGCUGUUCAACUGGCCAGGAUUUAGAUCAGCAAGACGAAACUAGAAACCAACCCAAGCGUCUUCUUCUCUUUUGUCUCAUUUCUAUUCUCUACAUGUAUUCAAAUCGUGCGACGUAAUAAAGUCUUAUAGCAAAGCUAAAA